AUGGAUUCUUGUCAUAUGUUACUCUGCAGGCCUUGGAAAUAUGAUGUAGAUGCUAGGCAUGAAGGUAGGAAGAAUGUUUAUACCAUCACCAAAACUGGAGAGAACUUCACCAUGACCCCUCUCCCAGAUGACAGUAAGGAUAAGAAUAUUUUGACUAGUGUCAUGCUAGUAGAUGAGGAGUUCAUGAAGGUCUUAAAGGAGGAAGAUACCCCUUUCUUUGCAAUAGUUGUCAAGCCUAAGGAUGAACCUAAGAAGCAACCUAAGAGUCAAGAGGCAAAGAGGAAAGUAGGCCCUAAGGAGGUUCAAGAUUUGCUAGAUAAGUAUAAGGGAAUAGUUGCAGACAGUACCACAGAUGCUUUACCUUCUCAAAGGGAAAUCAGUCAUUGCAUUGACCUUAUACCAAGUGCAACAUUUCCUAAUAAGGUAGCCUACAAAUUUUCCCCUGAGCAAAAUGCAGAAGUUGCAAAAGAUCCAAGAAUUGCUAGAGAAAGGGUUCAUUAG